AUGACCAAAGAAUCCUUCAUGUUCCCUUCCCUCCACGGCUCAGUCCUUGCAGCUGUCUCUUUGGACCCGAUUCCAGAGCCGGCAUUCCAUCCCAUCAAUACUGACGCUGGUACCACCAAGACCUGGUCGACCAACGUCUUGGCCCAAUUCAGAUGCCACCGCAAGGGCUGCGGCAACACCUGGACGAGCGGCAUCGUCAGCACCCUGAUACGGGCCUACCCUGGGGACCGCUACAACGCCGUCGUUUUCAACCAGCGUUGCCGCCGCUGCAAGAGUCUCGGCACGAUGACCCUUGACGAAGAGUGCUAUAUCGAACGGAUCGCCACCCGGCUCAAGGCCUGGGGCGGCAUCCGCACGGAGUUUACGACGCGUAACGAUAAGAAGACGCCACCGCACGAGUCGGACCUCUGCGAGGGAUCCCAUAAACCCGGCCGCGAACCCCAGAAGCACCGGCACAAAAGGCCAUUCUCUCCACCCGCCCGUCUGGAUCCCCAGCCCGCGGACGAGCACCCCGUCCGUGGCGGCGAUGAACGCCAGGCCCGCGAGGCCCUCCGCCACGCGCCGCCCGCUGCCCGACAGCCAGCCGCUGACCAGCGACGCCGUGAUGACGAGAUUGCGGAUGCCGAUCACGCGGACAAGCAUGAGCGCCGUCUUCCUGUCUUGCGCAUCCGCGGGGACCCGGAAGCCGAGGCCGCGUAUGGAAGGCUCGGGGCGGAAGACGGGGUUGACGGAGGAGAGGAAGACGGGCAGGACGCCGACGACGAGGGCGCCGCGGUAGAGGAAGGUGUCGCGCGUGAGGGGCAUGGCUGUACUGUCUGCGAGGGCAGUUGUUAUGUGAGAUGGCGGGCGGAGUGGCUAAUGAGGUAG